AUGAUGAUACUUGAUUCUCUUCCAGUAUCACAUGAUAAUUUAAAUUUAACAGCUGAUUCUCAAUUACUCAAUUCAUUUCCAAUGAAAACAACAUAUUAUUUUGGCUAUAUUGAACUAUCCUGUUUUGUUAAAAAACAUCAACAACUUAUGGAUACUGCAAAUUGUUUGAAAGAAUCAUUCAAUUUCAUCUUAAUUGUACAACUUGCAAAUAAUGCAUUUUCAUACAUUUUUUUUAGUAUAUGCUUUUUUAUCUUCAGUCUUUUUUUAUACUGUCAUGCGGGUGAAGAACUGCACAUCACAAGUGAAAGCUUAAGAACUGCUUUGUUCAAAUCUUCUUGGUAUAAUAUGCCCAAUUAUAAUGUUAAAAAUAUUCUCUUUAUUAUGCUGAGAGCAUCUAAAGCAUUCAAUUUAACGGCUGGAAGUGUUUAUAAUAUUGAUAUAAAUAGUUUUACAAAAAUUGUCAAAGGAAUGGAGGAUAUAUGA